AUGGCAGUGAAGCCGAGCGAAGCACGACAGAGCCAUUCGGAUCAGUUCAACGAACGGACCUUGUACUCAGUAUCCAAUAUGCCGGCUGUAGCAGCUCCAAGUGGAGGCGGAGGGAUGCGCGGCCCUUCGACCUUUGACAAGUUUAAAAUGGGUGCCAUGAUGGGUGGAUGCACCGUCUCGAUAUUCCAAUAUGGCGCCGGACCGAACGGUGUAAUGCGGACGCUUGGUAAAUAUAUGGCCGGUUCAGCGGCAACUUUUGGGUACGCAGUCCUCAAGUCUUCCGCAUCCGGUACCUCGAUGCUAAACGCUGUGCUUUAG